GAUUGAUCAGUCGAAUGUGAGCCUUUCGAGUGGCCAAAAGAUUCUUCUCAACGAGGAAGAAUCCUAUAGCUAGAGUUCACGAGGGUGCUGAAAACGAGGGAAGAAAAACAAUUAUUUUAUCGCGUAUUCACGAAAAAGUGAGGGGGAAAUAAUGGCAGGCGAGGACACACAGAUUUUGUCGAACGGCACCGUGGAGGCUCUCACAAUAAUCCCACCGAAAAUGACGAACGGAAACGGGCUGAUCUGCGGCGACAAGCAGCACAACAACAACGGCUUGAUACCGAAUGGGAAGUUGCACGGCGAGAUCGGCGGCACGGAAAAUGGCAAUCUGAUCGUGCCGGAUGAGAGGUCGAGCAGCCUUCACACGGAGUUCGACGACGCCGACGUGUCCUGUGGAUGGGGCCCCUGCAGGCCCCACUGGCUGCAGUACUUUGCCACGAAGCAAGCCUUCCUAGUGACCUUCUGCCUCACCUGGGUACUUCAGGGCAUGUACUACACGUACUUUGUCUCUGUCAUCACGACAAUAGAGAAGCUCUUCCAAAUCCAGUCGAAGACGACGGGGAUUAUCAUGUCGGCCACUGAAAUCGGUCAGAUCGGGUCUUCCCUGUUACUAACGUAUUAUGGCGGCCAAGGUCACCGGCCCAAGUGGAUAGCCUGGGGCAUGAUCCUCUUCGCCGUGAGCUCGUUCACCUGCUCGAUACCCCACUUUAUCUUUGGCGAACAGCUGAUUCUUCAGAACGAGAUGCUGUUCAGCGGCGUCGGGCCCGGCGUCGAUGGCCACGGGCCCAACAGCACGUAUCCGAUACCGGCGAAUCUCUGCAAGUUCCAGGAAAGAAACAGCACGUUGGACGGGUGGAACAUAUCGACGACCGCACCCCAAACCGAUUCGGCGGACUACUGCAAAGGCGACUUUCUUACGGAGCAGAGAAUACAGAGCAAAAUAACCACGGUGGUGCUUGCGAUAUUUUUUGUAUCCUUACUUGGUGUAGGAAUGGGUCAAACGGCGGUAUAUACCCUCGGUAUACCGUAUAUCGAUGAUAACGUAGCCAGUAGAGAGAGUCCCUUGUAUUUCGCGAUCACUAUCGGAGUACGGAUUCUCGGGCCAGCGUUAGGCUUUAUUCUCGGUUCCUUGUGCACGAUGGUCUACGCAGAUUUGUCGAGAAAUCCGCAGAUUACGCCAUCGGAUCCAAGAUGGGUCGGUGCUUGGUGGCUCGGAUUAGUUUUGAUAUCAGCGAUGCUGAUGAUCGUGAGUAUAGGUAUGUUCGCGUUCCCAACCCGUUUGCCGGCCAGCCGAACGCCACCUCGACGAGCGGACUCACAAAAGCCCAGUUUGAGAGACUUUCCCAGCGCUGUAAAGAGGCUGUUGAAGAACGACAUUCUGAUGUUCAGAACCGCAAGUAGUGUGUUACACAUCCUGCCAAUCGCCGGUCUCUAUACCUUUCUGCCCAAGUACCUCGAGAGCCAAUUUCGCCUGCCGGCUCAUCAUGCGAACAUGAUCUCAGGUGUUGGCGGGAUCCUAGUGAUGGGAUUGGGCAUCAUAAUUAGCGGCGUAUUUAUCUUGAGAGCGAAGCCUAAUGCCAGAUUCGUCGCAGCCUGGAUCGCCUUCACCGCGGUCGUUUACGCGAUCGGCAUGGGUGUGUUGAUGUUUAUUGGUUGUCCGAUGGACGACUUCGCCGGACUCGUGUCACAUUCCGAUGGACUCUCCAGUUUCGAGCCGACCUGCGAGGCUACUUGCGACUGCGAUCGGAACAAAUUCAGUCCAAUCUGUGGCGCCGAUGGCAAAACGUAUUUCUCCGCGUGUCACGCGGGUUGCUCGAAUUAUACGGUUGCUGACGGCAAAGUGGCAUCGUUUUACAAUUGUCAAUGCAUCGGACAGAACGUAACGAUACCGGAAAUAGUGAGCACGGCGUCGAUCGGUUACUGUCAAUUGGAGUGCAGUAACUUUUGGGUUUACAUGAUCCUGUUCUCAGUCUUCGUUUUUAUUCACUCUACGAGCGAGGUAGGCUCUAUGUUGCUCAUUCUGCGAUGCGUGGAUCCCAGGGACAAGGCCAUGGCACUCGGCCUGAUACAGUUCGCCAUCGGCUUAUUCGGCAAUGUUCCGUGUCCUAUCGUUUAUGGUGCUGUGGUAGAUUCCGCUUGUCUCGUAUGGGAAUACGCUUGCGGUGAGCGAGGCGCCUGUUGGCUUUACGACUCGAACGUCUUUAGAAUGUUCUAUCACGGUACGACGGGCGGCAUCCUCUUGCUGGCCUUCGUGGUGGAUAUAGUCGUCUGGUACAAGGCCGGGAGCAUAAGCUUCGUGGAGGAGCAGGAGGGCGAGACAGGUACUGCGGAGGAAAUGGCGACGUUAAAAUCGCAGGACGCUCAAGCGGUCGAGAACGACUAUUUGUGAAGGUUUCGUAUUACUCUUUUGCGGUGAAGGGCCGCGACGGCGACAUUAUCAUCGUCGUCGUCUAAGGAUGCAACGCAGUGUCGUAGGAUACGCAGGGGCAUCGUCCUUCGCGAAUGGUGCACAGCUCGUCGUGACUUCCCAGAGAGACGGCGAGCGAUCGGCUUGCCGGCGAUUACACGCAUCGAAACGGAACUUUCCUC